GGUCUCAGGAUGCUGCUCCGGCCCCGACGGCCAGCCCCGCCCGCCCCGUUCGCGACCCCUGAGCCGUUGUCGCCGGGCAGCCCGGAACACGAGCCGUGGCCGGCCGGGGACGUCCCGGGAACUCCGCCCGGCGCGCUAGCGGCGCCGGUGUUACCCGUGUCGCCCGGCUCGGCACAGCGCACGCCCUGGAGCGCCCGGGAGACGGAGCUGCUGCUGGCCACGCUGCUGGAGCCGGCCGUGUGGCGCUCGCUGCUGCUGGACCGCCGCCAGGCGCUGCCCACCUACCGCCGUGUGUCGGCCGCGCUGGCCCGCCAGCAAGUGCGGCGCACGCCCGCGCAGUGCCGUCGCCGCUACAAAUUCCUCAAGGAUAAAGUCCGCGACGCGCAAGGCCAGCCCCCGGGGCCCUUCGACGCGCAGAUUCGCGAGCUCAUGGCGCUGCUGGGCGACCACGGGCAUAGGCGCGGCCGCCGCCGCUCCCCAGGGCCCGGACGCCCCCCGCGCGGCCGCCGCCCAGCCUCCAGAGCGCCCGCGCCCGCGCCCGCCCCUGCCCCUAACGAGCCAGAUGCCUCGCUGCUGCUGGCCGACCGCGACCACGACGCAGAACACACCUGGACGCUCAGGUUCAGCCCGUCCCCGCUGAAGUCUGCGGACGCGCCCCGCGCCCCGGAUUCCCCGCCGCCGCCGACACUCGGCCCAGCAGCCACUUUCACUCCCCCCCGCGCCCUAGAGGGCGCGGACCCGCUCCCCGGCCUCCCCCAGGAGCCUGCGCCCUCCCGCGCCCCCAGCUCCCCGUCGUCGGCACCAACCCCCACCGAGGGGUACCCGGGCCCGCUGCCUGGCCGCCAUGGGGAGCGCGCGCCCCCUCGCGCUCCCUCGUCGCUGAACGACGCCCUUCUGGAAACCCUGGGGCACCUGGGCCACAUCGCGGCCACCCUGGGCCCGCUGCGCGACCAACUGCUGACUCUGAACCAGCACGUGGAGCAGCUACGCGGGUCCUUUGACCAAACCGUGUCUCUGGCGGUGGGCUUCAUCCUGGGAAACGCCUCCGCCGAGAGGGGUGUCUUGGGGGGCCUGCGGGAGUGA